GACCAAAAUGACUGGGCGUACCUACGUACAGGAACUAUAGGUUCUCGAUUUAAAGACUGUGCAGCUCUACUAACGUAUAAUUAUGCAUCAUCACUAAUGGGCCUAGUUAAUCAAGGAGACUUAUUGCUUUGGAUUUUCGAUAAAACUUUGGCAGACGAAGCCAUGAGAAUAUUCAAAGAUGGAGAGGAAUAUGGGUCUCAAUAUUCUUACUUCCCUUACCAAGUGGACUUUGGAUUGUGUACACGCAGUGCGUACUCCGCAAGGAUGAAUCCGGCCCUACAUUGCUUCGGAAAUAUAAUUGGGGCCAUGAUGACCCAAGUAAGAAGCUUUAAUGCACGGAUGAUUUUGCAAGCGAACGUAAAGGAUGUGAUAUCCAAUGCGCAACUUGUAGGAUUCGUAUUCGCCACAAGGUCGGAACGCAAUAUCCAAUUCUUACGAAGUGAUGAUCCUAACUUGGAUCAAGGACAUGAAGAAUACGGCAAACAGAAAAAAUUGGAUUCUGAGGGUGAUGACUUAGAUGAAGAAGAAGACCCUAAUCAAUUAAUUCCACCAACUGGAAGAGAACCUCUUGAUUGGUUCAAUUGGUAUGAUCAGGUAAAUGGGAAACCGAGUAAAGAGAUGCGUAAAUUCUUUAAACAAGUACAGGACAGCAUACAAAAUGUGAGACCGGGAUCGAUCGGUGAAGUAUGCAAAGGACCUCUAUUCUUGCAAGAUGCAUAACAGAUGAUAGACAAUAUAACACAUGAAAAAAAAAAAAAAAAAAUUAGGCGCUGGCUUGGUUUAUAUUUCAACAGAAAGAAACAGAAGAAAAUGAAAAUUCAGUCUUAAGUCACCAUCUAACAAAUAAAGACGCACUCAAAUCUUAAAUCAUUUUGAGUUUUUAUUUUUAUUUUUAUGGCAUAGGGUCAUAAUUACUUACGUAAGUAUAUAAACUAAAAUAUUAUUGACCAGCCAGAUAUAUUGCGAUAUCGGCUAAAACAAUCAAAAAAUGUUCUUUUUUCUUCAGAUUCGACCAAAAUGACUGGGCGUACCUACGUACAGGAACUAUAGGUUCUCGAUUUAAAGACUGUGCAGCUCUACUAACGUAUAAUUAUGCAUCAUCACUGAUGGGCCUAGUUAAUCAAGGAGACUUAUUGCUUUGGAUCUUCGAUAAAACUUUGGCAGACGAAGCCAUGAGAAUAUUCAAAGAUGGAGAGGAAUAUGGGUCUCAAUAUUCUUACUUCCCUUACCAAGUGGACU